UCCUCCUCUUCUUCUUAAAGCGGCGAUGUCUCCUUCCAAGCGAGAGAGGCGGCCCCACACUCAGUCCCGGACUUAGGGGCCAGGAAGAAGCCGGGCUGGUGGCUCCCGCGCGGGGGCGUCGGAGGGGGCGGUACUGAGCUGGAUGGAGUCCCGCCGGGUGGGAGGAACGCGACCUUGGCCCUCGCGGAGUUUGGAGUGGUCGCGGUGUUCCUGGGCCAGGGCAGCGUCUGGCCUUCUGCAAACUUCAGACUGAACCCCCGCGCUCCGGGCGCCGCCUGGCGAGGAUUAGGGCGGGUCCCUUCGCCUUCUCCGUUGCCGACGGCGUGAUUCACCCAGCCUUAUGUAAAUCCCUGGGACUCUGAGCCACAGAGGAUGUGACUCCAACCCGGUAGAGGAACCAUCUGUAGCAAACAACUUUGAACCAACACCCCCUUUCCCGAGCGCGCUCACCACCACUGGUCGCUGCGGGCUUGUGCGCUUUGAGGUUGGUCACAGCACCUUUCCCAAGGGACUCACCGGGAAUUAAACCUCGCUGUGCAAGUGGAACACCUAGGUUAGCCCCCAGCCCCCAUCCAUUCGUUCAUCCAUUCGAAAAAGCGUCUGUCCUCCGUUCUGGUCUCAGAGCAGUAAAAUCCACAGAUCCAGGUCCCUGUGCUCAUGUAACUUAUAUUCUAGGGGGACGUUCAGGUUGUUAUGAGAGCAUUAUAACCCAGGAUCCUACCUAGUGCGGGGGGAGACGCAUGUCAGGGAUACUGUUUAGCUCACGCGGAACCAGAGACACGGAGAAUGGAUGGCGUUUGCUCAAGAUCCCACAGUUAGCAAGUGGAGAAAACUAAAAUUCAUACUCUGGUCUCCUGGAGGCAUGCCCCUUGAUUUUUCCUCCAUUAAGAAAGUUCAAUAUUUUAAUUAAGUUGCUAGCAUUCUUUUUUUUUUAAUUUACUGUCAUUUAGCCAGUCACUUUAUUUGCCAAAUGUGAUUUUUCAGUUCAACAAAUGAAGAAAAAUCCCCAUACUUCAUUUGACGUACUGGUGUAAUGGUUUAAGGGGAAAAGAAAUGGUUGGGGAAGGGGGUGGAGGAGCAAAACCAACAAACCAACCAAACAAACAAAUAACAAAACGACAAACCACUGUUGCCUUCCAGCCACCUUCCGGUUCAGUCCAUCAGAAAAGCUCUUGGAUAAGAAUCAUUCCUUCCUCUUCUCUCUCUGUACCAGAGUGUGUCCUAGAUCCAACCCAAAAUUCCCAGGGGAGGAGCUAUUCUGAUGAAUAUCACUCUGAUUAGCCUUGAUGGACCUUUGAAAGGAGAAAGGUAGGAUUCCCCCCUCCUCCACUGAACUUGGAAUUUGGAUGGUCAAUGUGAUACCUGGGAGGACUGAAGGAAUGGAGUGUCCUGUGUGUGGCGAGUGGGACAGAGAGUUGGUAAAGCAUCAAAGAAGAGUACACGGUCAUUAAUGAAGCCUGCCCUGGAGCUGAGUGGAAUAUCAUGUGUCGGGAGUGCUGUGAAUAUGAUCAGAUUGAAUGCAUCUGCCCCGGAAAGAAGGAAGUUGUGGGUUAUACUAUCCCUUGCUGCAGGAAUGAGGACAAUGAGUGUGACUCCUGCCUAAUUCACCCAGGUUGUACCAUUUUUGAAAACUGCAAGACCUGCCGCAAUGGCUCGUGGGGCGGCACUCUGGACGACUUCUAUGUGAAGGGGAUCUACUGUGCAGAAUGCCGGGCGGGCUGGUACGGAGGAGACUGCAUGCGAUGUGGCCAGGUUAUGCGAGCCUCGAAGGGACAGAUUUUACUGGAGAGCUACCCGCUAAAUGCUCAUUGCGAAUGGACCAUUCAUGCCAAGCCUGGGUUUAUCAUCCAGCUAAGGUUUGUCAUGUUGAGCCUGGAGUUCGACUACAUGUGUCAGUAUGACUAUGUUGAAGUCCGUGAUGGGGACAACAAUGAUGGCCAGAUCAUCAAGCGUUUCUGUGGCAACGAGCGACCAGCUCCCAUCCGAAGCAUGGGCUCCUCACUCCACGUCCUCUUCCAUUCAGAUGGCUCCAAGAAUUUUGAUGGCUUUCAUGCUGUUUUUGAGGAGAUCACAGCAUGUUCCUCGUCCCCUUGUUUCCAUGAUGGCACUUGUUUCCUGGACCAAACCGGAUUCUACAAAUGUGCCUGCCUGGCAGGCUACACCGGGCAGCACUGUGAAAAUCUUGUUGAAGAAAGAAACUGCUCAGACCCUGGGGGCCCGGUCAAUGGGUACAAGAAAAUAACGGGAGGCCCUGGGCUCCUCGGUGGGCGCUAUGCGAAAAUUGGCACUAUCAUGUCCUUCUUUUGUAACAACUCGUAUGUUCUCAGUGGCAAUGAGAAGAGAACUUGCCAGCAGAAUGGGGAGUGGUCAGGAAAACAGCCCAUAUGCAUAAAAGCCUGCCGAGAACCAAAGAUCUCAGACCUGGUGAGACGGAGAGUUCUUCCAAUGCAGGUUCAGUCAAGGGAAACACCGUUACACCAGCUAUACUCAUCAGCUUUCAGCAAGCAGAAACUGCAGAGUGCCCCUACCAAGAAACCAGCCCUUCCUUUUGGAGACCUGCCCACCGGGUACCAACAUCUGCACACCCAGCUCCAGUAUGAGUGCAUCUCACCCUUCUAUCGGCGCCUGGGCAGCAGUCGGAGGACUUGUCUGAGAACCGGAAAGUGGAGUGGGCGUGCCCCAUCCUGCAUUCCUAUCUGUGGGAAAACCGAGAACAUCACUGCUCCGAAGACCCAGGGGCUGCGCUGGCCGUGGCAGGCGGCCAUCUACAGGAGGACCAGCGGGGUGCAUGGUGGCAGCCUGCACAAGGACGAGUGGUUCCUGGUGUGCAGUGGUGCCCUGGUGAAUGAGCGUACUGUGGUGGUGGCUGCCCACUGCGUAACUGACCUGGGGAAGGUCACCAUGGUCAAGACAGCAGAUCUCAAAGUCAUCCUGGGGAAAUUCUACCGGGAUGACGACCGGGAGGAGAAGACCAUCCAGAGCUUGCGGAUUUCUGCAGUCAUUUUGCAUCCCAACUACGACCCCAUCCUGCUGGAUGCUGACAUCGCCAUCCUGAAGCUCCUAGAUAAGGCUCGCAUCAGCACCCGUGUCCAGCCCAUCUGCCUCGCGGCCACUCGGGACCUCAGCACCUCCUUUCAGGAGUCCCACAUCACUGUCACUGGCUGGAACAUCCUGGCAGACGUGAGGAGCCCCAGCUUCAAAAACGACAUGCUGCGCUCGGGGUCGGUCAGGGUGGUGGACUCCCUGCUGUGCGAGGAGAAGCAUGAUGACCACGGCAUCCCAGUGAGCAUCACAGACAACAUGUUCUGUGCUAGCCGGGACCCUACUGCCCCUUCCGACAUCUGCACAGCAGAGACAGGGGGCAUCGCAGCUGUUUCCUUCCCGGGACGGGGCUCCCCUGAGCCACACUGGCAUCUGGUGGGCCUGGUCAGCUGGAGCUAUGACAAAACAUGCAGCCACAGCCUCUACACAGCCUUCACCAAGGUGCUGCCUUUUAAAGACUGGAUCGAGAGAAACAUGAAAUGAGCCUCAGGCCCAGUGAGAAGCAUUUCCAUGCAUCCGUCUGUGCAUGUGUUGCAUGAGGCAGUGCGUACCUGACCUGUGAUUCUGUCCGUGAAUUUGGCUGAACCAGGACUUCUCAUUUCAAGGCUUACACUAGUGGAGGAUGAGGAGGAGAACUCACUCUCUGGGAGGCCCCUGCCUCACCGAUUGCUCGGACUACUUGGAAAACACCUGCUGGCAAGAACUGAGUUUCUUAAAAAAAAAAAAAAAA